GCGGCUGGCCGCUGGUGGCCCCAGCUCCGGCUCUCAGAGGGACAUUCGCCCGGGCGUUCUGCCUCUUGGCUUCUCGGUUUGCCCGCGACACGGAGCUUCCGCUUUGGGACGUGGAAUUAAUCUAAGGCGCCUUCGCUCUCUCAGCUUCGGGCAUUUUGGCCAAGUGGAGCUGCUCUUCUGAAAGUUUGUUUUGAAGGAUUCAUCUGUAAAUCAGACUAAAAGUUACGUAUGUGGGUAUCCUGCUGCAGGUGUUCUUGGCACGGAGAUACUAAAAUGAUGUUCCCCUUCUGUAGCUACUGGAGGACUGGAUUGCUGCUAUUGCUACUCCUGGCUGUGGCAGUGAGAGAAUCCCUGCAGGCUGAAGAAAAAACUUGUGACUUGGUGGGAGAAAAGGAUAAAGAGUCAAAGAAAGAGUUGGCUCUACUGACAAGGCUGAAACCAUUGUAUAACAAAAGCUUCGAAAGCACUGUAGGCCAAGGCUCUGACACAUACAUGUACAUAUUCCGGGUGUGCCGGGAAGCCGGCAACCACAGCUCUGGAGCAGGCCUGGUGCAGAUCAACAAGAGCAGUGGGAAAGAGACGGUGGUGGGAAGGCUCAAUGAGACGCAUGUCUUCAACGGAAGUAAUUGGAUCAUGCUGAUCUAUAAAGGGGGUGAUGAAUAUGACAGCCACUGUGGCAAGGAGCAGCGCCGUGCAGUGGUGAUGAUCUCUUGCAAUCGACGCACCCUAGCGGACAACUUUACCCCUGUGUCUGAGGAGCGAGGCAAAGUCCAAGAUUGUUUCUACCUCUUUGAGAUGGAUAGCAGUUUAGCCUGUUCCCAAGAAGUCUCCCACCUCAGUGUGGGUUCUAUCUUACUUGUCACAUUUGCAUCACUGGUUGCUGUCUACAUCAUUGGGGGUUUCUUAUAUCAGCGAUUAGUGGUGGGAGCAAAAGGAAUGGAGCAGUUUCCCCACUUAGCCUUCUGGCAGGACCUUGGCAACCUGGUAGCAGAUGGCUGUGACUUUGUAUGCCGUUCUAAGCCCCGCAAUGUGCCUGCUGCCUACCGAGGUGUAGGAGAUGACCAGCUGGGGGAGCAGUCGGAAGAAAGGGACGAUCAUUUAUUACCGAUGUGAUCGUACUUGAAUGUCCAGCCUCUUGUCUCCCAGACCAAAGCAUACUCAGCCAGGUUUCUCAUGCACCUCCUCCCCUCACUUCACCUUGCCCUUAAUAGCACCUUGCUUUCCAGUUUGCUUUGCAUUUGCAUCGUCUUCUCACUUCCUGCCCUCUGUGCUCCUGGUUUUGUUUUCUAGAGGUACAGUUAGAAGACAGAGGUAGCAGGGCCUAGCAAACAGGCUACUGCACUAUGGCUACCAGAAGGUACAAGACCAGUAAUGUGGGCAAAAGGGUCACUGGCCCUGUCUUUUUAAACACAUUAUCACAAGUUUUUGAGACACUGGAUUUAAUUAAAAAAAAAAAAAUCAAAGGAACAUUAUUUAUACAGGCCUGAUGGCUUUCAUGCUGUAACUCUACCCUACAGUAGUCUCCAUGAGAACCUGGAUGUACAUAAUUUCUUGCUGCUUGAAACUGCUUUGCAGUGAUUACUUGGUUGCAGUCUAAGUACUCCCAUUUGGUCUGAGCCUGGAGAUGUUCUAAACUUCGAUUCGGAUAGGAAAAAUGUGAGACUUCUCAAUUACAGAAUUGUAAGAUACCAUACUUGUGGGCCUUGGGUUGACUCUGGGGCUGGAAUUGGGGCUUGGGUUGCGGUCUUUUGGUAAAUGCCUAACCCAGCAAUCCAGUCCUUCAGUAAGAUAGUUGAGACCACCUCCUGUGCUCCAGAGGUUCCAGGACAGGGCAGUAUGUUUACUUUGUGGUGGGUUUUCUUCUGGCAUCUCUCUCCCAUUUGUAGUAGAAACUGGUAAAGCUGUUCUUACCCUCUACAGUGUUUCUAAACACAUUCUGCACUUUUUCCACUGGCAUGUGGUUUUGCUUUUUCCUCCCAGCCUUCUGGAAAGGAGUUGGAAGCAGAAAUGGGACAUGCAGGCUCUGCAAUCCUCUGCUGUGGCUGCAGAGGCUGCUGCAGCUCCUGUCCCUGCUGCUGGCUCAGGGAAGUGUGUCUUGCCCACGUUUGUGGGAAGUUUUUAAUCCUCUGAUGCUUCUGUCUUUCUGUGUAGGCCAUGUACCUAGAAUCCCAGGCUGAUCUUCCUAUAAUAGUGAACCCUGGGUCACUAAAGAGUAACAUGGCUCCACUGGACACCAGAAGGAUGGAAUUAAUAGGCAGGGGCCUUUUAUAAGCCUUUAGAGAAGAAAAUGAAAUUCUUACACCUUUGGACUUUUCGAUACUAUUGGAAUGGUUUUGUGGGAUUUUUCCAUUCUUUCUGAAUAGGAAAACUGAUGUUAUAAUAGCAUCUCCUUUAUUUGCGCCCUUCCCCCAUAUCCUGGUGUUUUGAAAUGAAAAAAGAAAUACACCACUUUUUGUACAAAAACACUUAAUGAUUAAAAAAACAUAAAAGA